AUGGCGCAGUCAAAGGACGUCGAUGCCAUCUCUCAACCUCAGGACAAGAGCUUGGAAGGUGGGGAUACCAUUGAGGAGAAAAAGCAACAUGACGCUUCUGUGGCCGAGGUCGACGCCGAGACGGGCGACGUUGAGAAGUCCUACUACAGCAAAGUCUCGGUCUGGUUGAUGAUUCUGUAUUCCGGUCUUGCAAUUGGCUCGGAUGGAUACAAUGCCGCUGUCAUUGGCAAUGUUGAACUGCUCCUCGCUGUUAUUUACCCGGAUUCUUUGACGAACGACAUCUACACCCGUCUCAGCAAUGCUUUCCUAAUCGGCAUGAUUAUUGGUAUGCUUCUUUUCGGCGGCGUCGUCGACCAGUUUGGCCGCAAGACGGGAGCCGUCGCCACCACCAUCCUGCUUGUACUCGGUAUCGCCCUCUCCGCUGGCGCAUCGGGCACGUCCGAAAAGGGCAUGUUCUGGAUGCUCAUCAUCGCGCGCGGCAUCGCGGGCGUCGGAGCGGGCGGUGAGUACCCCGUGUCGGGAGCGGGCGCAACCGAAGCCACGGACGAGAACAAGGCGCUGCGCAAGCACCGCGGCUUCAUGUUCGCCAUGCUGGCGGACCUGUCGGCGUCGCUGGGCUACGUCUUCGGCGGGCUGGUGCCGCUGCUGCUGCUGCUCUGCACGCACGGCCAGGAGGGCAAGUACGGUAUCGUGUGGCGCACCUCGUUCGCCCUGGGCCUGGUGCCGCCCGUGUCCAUCUUCUGGUUCCGCAUCCGCAUGGCCGUGUCGACGGCCUACCGCCGCAGCGCCAUGCGUCGCCAGCGCGUGCCCUACGUGCUGGCCUUCCGCCGCUACUGGCGCGCCUUCUGCGGCUGCUCCGCCACCUGGUUCCUAUACAACUACGUCAGCAUCCCCUUCGGCAUCUUCUCUUCGACCGUGACCUCCCGCGUGAAUGCUUCCGACUCGCUGGUCAAGAGUCUGGGCUGGGGCGUCGUCAUCAACUGCUUCUACAUCCCCGGUCCUUUCCUCGGCGGCUACCUGUCCGACAAGAUCGGCCGCAGGCAGACCAUGUGCCUAGGCUUCGCCCUCCAGGCCGGCCUGGGCUUCAUCUUGGGUGGCGCGAACAAGCAGAUCCAGAGCGUGUUUCCCCUGUUUGUCGUCCUUUACGGCCUGUUCCUGACGCUGGGAGAAGUUGGUCCUGGAAGCACUGUCGUCCUCACCGCGUCCGAGUGCUUCCCCACGUCGAUCCGCGGGCAGAUGAUGGGCCUCGUCGCCGCCUUCUCCAAGGCGGGCGCCGCCAUCGGCACCCAGGUCUUCAGCGCCAUCCUCAAGUCGUGGGCCGACGAGAGCAAAGCCGACCAGGCCACCUUCCUGAUCGGUGCCGCCUUCGCCGUGCUCGGCGCCCUCAUCGCCUGGUUCGUCAUCCCGGACGUCAGCACCCGCCUCGAGGACGAGGACGACGCCUGGCGUCGCUACCUCGAGGAGAACGGCUGGCGCGCCGAUUGGGGCGACAACACGACCAAGGACCCUGGCGCCGUCAUCAUGGAUAGGGUUGCCUCCUGA